AUGCUCAAGAACCGGAAGGCUAUUGAACAGCUCUAUGGUACCCGGUACUCAGAGCUCUGGCGCCUUCCUUAUUGGCGCCUUCGUCAAAUUGGCAUAGAUCCUAUGCAUGUGUUCUUCCUUAUCCUUCUUCAGCGGAUGACGAAGCCACUCAAUCAGAUCAAUCCAACUGCUGUGGACUCUUCAGGCCUGUUGCGAAGAAUCCAGCAAGUUGUACGUGAAGUUGUUACACCAGCUUGGGUGUCGAACCCACCUCGGAACGUGGGCCUCUAUGAAGCAGGAGUCCUGAAGGCUGAUCACUGGAGAACCCUAUUUUCGAUUCAUGUUCCACUGGCAACGCUGAGCUUAUGGAGAGAAACGUCACCUUUAGCUGCCGCAGAUGCCUGCAAUAUGGCUUCUGUUGUCGACACAACCAUGAAUCUGUGCUGUGCAUCAUUGGUCAUGACCAAGCGUAAACUGACUUUGAAUCGGCGUGAGCAAUUUCGACAUCUCCUACGGCUGCAUAUUCUGGGGCUUCAGAAAAAUUUUCCUGGAUGGAUCUUCCCCUCACACCAUCUUGCAUUUCAUAUCCAUGAUUUCAUGGAUUUAUUCAGUGGAGUCCGCCACUGGUGGCUCUUUCCCUUUGAAAACCUGAUUGGCAAAUUACAACGUAUCCCGACAAAUCACAAGCCCGGUACGAUAUAA